AAUUAUGCAGCAGAUAUAUAUAUAGAUGGGAUAUGAUAAAGUACUUUUCAUAACUUUCUUUAAUAUAAAGAAGGCUCUUCAUCUCAAGAACAAACCUGUCUUGGUGCAAUUAAAUGCUAACUGAUUUGAUUUUUUAAAAGCACAUCUUUGCUAAACUGAUUUUGUGCGAAAUGCCAUACACACUAGUUUUCAGUAAAUUUAUUCACCUUUAGACCGGAAUUGAUGGCCGUUUCUUAGCAAUUAAACUAUCUCACAAGACAGGCAGGUUAUCUUCCCUCUUUUAUGUAAUGAUAAAUUGAACCGCAACACACCUGCGGCUCAGACAAAACUGUUCCAUAUUUGCUGCUUUGAAGCUGGAGGGAAAACAAAGAGUGAAAAUCAAAAAGACCUGACCCUGAGAUAACAGAUAAACAGCCUAUCGCAUCCCCUUUCUGCUCUCGGCUAUCUCAAACGAGAUAUGAAAACAGAUCCAGAGCUUCCAUCUUUGAUUGUACCUGUAUGUGAUGCAGUACAUCACUGUAUCUGAAUCCAAUAGUAAAGUGAGACUUCAAAAGAGCAGGGAGGUCUUGGAUUUCAAUUCGGGACCCCCUGGCCAUCGGAUAGAUGAGGUAGAGCGUGUACGGCGAAUGAAGACAACAUCACAAUGAAGAACUGUCUUGAGAGCCACAAAUUACAUUGGGAGGACAGUUAAUGAGGGUGAUAAUGCAGAUCUUUGCCAAUGAUAGAUGAGGGGACAGCUAUUACAGGCCAAAUGUGUGAGAUUCAUGGCUUUGUUUUAAAUGCACUACAGGCUAAAUACGACGGUGUUUUUAUGAUUUGAUAUGCUCAUAAAUCAUUAUUUAAACAAUGGCGGGCUGGAAUGCACACGCACAAGCUGAAUGGAAUUUAAGAAUUUUUGGAUUGUCUUUACACAACUAAACAAAUCCUAAAAUAUUUGAUAGUGAUUCUGAAAAAGCAAGACAGCAAGUCACUUGGAGUAAGUUGGGAAAGAUAAUAUAGAUACCUGAGCACUAGUAACGUAAUACUGGAAUAAAAUGUGUCACCAUUGCUCACCCUGUCUGGGCUGCAUAACUGAAAGAGCAUGUUUGUAGAAUUCUUCUCAGAGAUGGUCAUAUUGUCACAAAUCAGUCAUAAAUCAGUCAUGUAUAUCAAAUUUCUUUCUUUCUUUUUGUUGUUGUUGUUUAAAAUAAAUAAUAGAUCUUUAAUAACUAUUCGCAGGAAACUAAGAUAUUCAUGCUACAGUAGUAAAUAAUAUCUAUCUAUCUAUCUAUCUAUCUAGCCUGUUCCAUAAAGUUGUCAAAAAAUGACCGCUUAACAGCGCUGGACAUUCGUAAUGUGUUGCGUACUACCUGAUCCUCCAGAAACUGUAGAUCAGAACCGUUUUUUCCUGUAUGACAAGGUUCCUGACUCAAGCCCCGGGCGACGUCACUGAGUGGGUGAUGAGCUCUGAGUUUCUAACACCACGAGAAAAAGGUCCCCAGCUGAAGGCAGGAAAAAAGCGUGACGAGAGGAGUACGAAAUGCCUUCUAGACGUCUACCUGUUUGGAUCAGGAUGAGAUCUGGAGCACUCGCAGAAGGGCGCGCGCACACAGGUUCAGCACAUGGCACUCAGAUCUCCAGUUUUGCGCUUCAAAAGAACAACUGAAUAUUUUACAUUCCAAACGGAAAGUCUUUUAAAAAGUUGUGGUAUUUUAGUAGUUCAGGAGGUUUGACUGCAUUCCAUCAAGCUCAAGAUCUAAGUGCGCUUCUGAGUGGAUGUUUCCCUCAUUUUAUUUGGUUUUGCUGGAUGAAGAUCUCCAAGAAGUUCGAAUGAAGAUGCUGACCACUUUUCAAGCGGAUUUUGCGAUCGUCCUCAGCAGAUGAUGUGCUUCUUGGAAGCGUGUUAUUCAGGGGUGCUGAGUCUCCUCAGAAAUAACCAAACUUUCUCACAGGACAAGCCUCCUUUAUCUAUGGACUAGUCCUUCAGCAUCAGACCUCACACUUUUGUCCUUCGCAAGGCAUCUGACAAUGACGAUUCCACUUUCCAGAACGCAACUUGCCCUCUUCUUUAUCCUGCUUUGUCCAGUCAACAUUAUCGGGCUGUGGUGGGCAGUGGGGAGUCCCUUGGUCAUGGACCCGAACAGCAUCUGCAGGAAGACCAAACGUCUGGCUGGCAAGCAGGCCGAACUCUGCCAGACCCAGCCGGAGAUCGUCAACGAAGUCGCCAAGGGCGCCAAGCUGGGCGUGCGCGAAUGCCAAUACCAGUUCCGCUUUCGACGCUGGAACUGUACCAGCCAGAACAAAUACUUUGGCAAAAUUCUCCAGCAAGACAUCCGAGAGACAGCGUUUGUGUAUGCUAUCACGGCAGCGGGUGUGACGCAUGCAGUGACUCAGGCCUGCAGCAUGGGGGAGCUGCUGCAAUGCGGCUGCGAGGCCACACGGAGCAGAGGGCCGCCUCCGCGUUUAGCCAGUAUUGGCCCAGCCGAGGGGGUCAAGUGGGAGUGGGGGGGCUGCGGAGAUGACGUGGAGUUCGGCUAUGAGAAGUCCAAGCAGUUUAUGGACGCCAGGCGGAGGAAGGGCAAGAGUGACAUUCGCACGCUGAUAGACCUUCAUAAUAAUGAGGCCGGACGACUGGCGGUGAAGAAUUAUAUGAGAACUGAAUGUAAAUGUCACGGGCUGUCUGGCUCUUGCACUCUGAGGACCUGCUGGAAGAAAAUGCCUCACUUCCGCGAGGUGGGCGACCGCCUGCUCGAGCGCUUCAACGGGGCAUCCAAAGUGAUGGGUGGGAAUGAUGGUAAGACUCUCAUUCCAGUGGGCCAGAACAUCAAACCUCCGGACAAGCAAGAUCUUAUCUACUCGGCCGAGUCGCCAGACUUCUGCCUGCCCAAUCGGAAGACGGGAUCACUGGGCACGCGUGGGCGGAUGUGCAACAGCACGGCGCUGGACGUGAGCGGAUGUGACCUUCUGUGUUGCGAGCGGGGCUACCGGGACGAGACGGUGGUCCUGGAGGAAAACUGCCUCUGCCGUUUCCACUGGUGCUGCGUGGUCCAGUGUAAAAAGUGCUCGGUCAGGAAGGAACUGAGUUUGUGUCACUAACCGAGAACCCUCGAUAAUGGGAUUGAGAAAAGCCAUUCUGAACAAGGAGGAAUCUAGAACAUUCCAGAUUCAUGCAUACACAUUUCAAACCCUGAGGCUUUGGAAAAGCCUAGAGGAGUGUCUGCCUUGUGAUUCACCCCUCAGAAAACCCAGGACUCAAGAUUUAGGAGGGGUUCCUCAGCUGUGAAUUCAAGACAUUCAGAAAUCUUCUCAUCACAGCCCUAUGUACAGUGCAUUUUGAGUGCAGACUCACAUCCAAAUCAGCACGACAGCCAUGGUGCAAUGGCUGUUCACGCUCAGAAGUGACAGAACAUCAACAAAAGGACAUUUGGCACAUUUCUCUGUAAAGCAGGCUUGAUAUGGAACAAAGACUGUUAUUUAUAAGCAUUUAAUAUCAUCAUGACUACUUCUUGUGAUUAAUGCCCUGUCAUUUUCUUUCAAAAGCACUUUGAGAACUUUUAACAGAAAGAGUAAAAGCUCAUUUUACUCAAACUCAAAGGUAAAAGCAAAUGCAAGAGAAGCAACAUGUAAAAACUCUUUAUCUUUGUGAGAUAUUUAAUCUAUGGGGCUUUUAAUGCACUUUUACUGAUACUGAUCACUAUUUUUUCAUUGGUUUGCUCCUUAGUGAAAUGCAUUUUGUUUCAGUUUGUUGGUUUUUAAGAGUUUUUGUAUUGUUGACCUCAUAUAUAUGCUCUGAAAAGCCUUUCAGUAUGCUAACACUGCUCAACAGUUCUCAAAACUGAUCAUUAAUGACAAUAAUCACAGGAAUUUAUGAGAAAUUGUCAUUGUUUCAUCACCUUACUGUUUUUUUUUUUUUUUUUUUUUUUUCAAUGGAUCUCUCACUGGAGGGUUAACAGGUCAUCAUUUCAAAUUCAGUGUCAUCCAAAUGCAUUAUGUUUGAAAUAUCAUAUUUCUGCAAUCUGUACAGUUAAUGAAAUCAGAAAACAGAAAUGUUAAGAAACAGACAUAAAGAAUGCAGAGCUUCACAAGCUACUUAAGGGGUCAGCCAUGAGACUUUCAUCAAGUGGUAAUCUCAAGCACCCCGUCCUUUGUUUGGAAUGCAUUGCAUUUUUGGAAAAUACCUUCGCAAGGUAUCAUGUGGAGUUUGGGCUUGAGCCACAGACCAUUGAGAAAUAUAAUUUUCACAUGCAUUCAUUUUAACCGCAAAAAGUGACGUCCACUAAAUGUAAAUUAAGAUGAAAUUUGUUGCUUGAACGACUACAUUUGGCUCUAGACUCGAUUUGCAGUUCCUCUCUUGCGCAACCUCAUAUCUAAAAAAAUAAAUAAAAAAUGUAGCGGAAAGAUGUUAAAGAUUAUCUACUGCUCCUCAAAACAACUGUUUAUAAAGUGAUCUUGCAAUAAUUCAUACCAGAACUGUAUAUUUUUUUUAUCAUAAUGCAUUUGAAAGGAAGUUUUCAGAUUUGAAAACAGAAGACUGGAUGUGAGAAUCCUACUUAUAGCUGCUCAUCACUGAA